GCGGCGCUGGGACGCUGUCAGUCACAGGUAAAGCAGGGCAAAAAAAAAAAGAAAAAAGUUGUCUGAAAAGCAACGCAGCUCAUAGAGAGCCUGAGCUGAUGGCACAGCUAUGCGGAGGGACAGCAUCGCGCCAGCGGAUUUAGCAGCGACUUGUUUCCGCGGGGAUGCGAGCGAGAACGCGGCACUCAAGCGGAGCUCAAAGUUCAUCCACGGAUGAUCUGACACCCAUCUUCUCUUCCCGACCCGCCUCAAGCCGUCACUUUGUUGAAACUUUCGCAACCUGAACAUGGCCGUUCGUGGCAACUCGCUCAUGCCCUUCUCUAUCCAGGCCAUCCUGAACAAGAAGGACGACGGCAGACACUUGCCCGAUUUGGACGUGUGCUUCUCUAAGACUACGUGCUGGAAAAUAUUCGGGGACGUGCACGCCGCUUCCGGGGAGCCGCCCGAGAAGGGCUACGACUCGGACUCGGGGUUGAGCGAGGACAACGAGGGUAAAGCGCUCAGGGUCGCGCACGGCCUGCAGCCAGAGAAAGACACCGGGACCGCAUCGGAUGUGCCCGAGGAGAGCCCGCAGGAGGAGACCGACCAGGAAUCCGCAGCCGUGGACAACACCAAGAGUGACAGUGAGCUCAAUAACGCAGCGGAUUGUGGCUGCGUCGCCGACGAGAAGACCGCCGAGCAGCCCAAGGCGAGGAAGAAGCGCUCGCGGGCAGCCUUUUCCCACGCGCAGGUCUUCGAGCUGGAGCGCCGCUUCAACCACCAGCGGUACCUCUCUGGACCCGAGCGUGCCGACUUGGCUGCCUCCCUCAAGUUGACAGAGACUCAGGUCAAGAUCUGGUUCCAGAACCGCCGCUACAAGACCAAGCGCCGUCAAAUGGCCGCCGACCUGAUGGCGUCCACGCCGGCUGUCAAGAAGGUAGCUGUCAAAGUGCUGGUGCGUGACGACCAGAGACAAUACGGCCCCGGGGAGGUGCUGCGGCCCCCACUGCUCUCCCUGCAGCCCUCCUACUACUACCCGUACGCGUACUGCCUACCCGCGUGGACACUCUCGUGUACGGGGAAUCCGUGAAAACACGGCGGACUUUAUUUAUUUGCAGACUUUAUUUUGGGGCGGUGGGGGGGUGCAUGAGGAAUUUUGACAGCCCAUUUUUCCACCCCCAAACGGAAACCGAAGCGGAAGUCAAUUACAGGACCUAAUUGGACAUUUGUUGGUUUAUAUAUUUACAUCCUACCUCUGCAGUGAUUGACAGGUGUUGUUUUUUGACUUUUCAUUAAGUUGCAGACUGUGUGUUUACUCCCCCACUCCCCUCUCUUAUUUUCUUGCUGUAUUUGUAAAGGUAAGAUAUUUUCAGCACUUUUUUGAAAGCAUUUACAAAGCAAAAAUCCAUCCUUAAAAUGUAACCUGUGCUUUGUCUUGUGUUUUGAAUGGUACAAAAAUAUUAAAACAUAUCAGUUUACUAUCA